GAUUUCAGAUCAAGGUGGUGGAAUCUCAGACGAUGAACUGAAGGAAGUUUUCAACUACUCAUUUACAACAUUCGUAAAAGAAACCGCAAACAGUGCAAACGCGCUUUCGGAAUACGGCCAGAGCGUGAACUCCGUUGAGACCAUAGGUAGCAUGGCUGGCUUCGGUUUUGGCCUACCAACCUCGCGAGCUUACGCAGAAUUCCUGGGAGGACACGUACAGCUACAGACCCUCCAUGGCUACGGAACUGAUGUAUUUAUUAAACUCAAGAGAAUUGACGUAGAUCAAGAUAGCUUUCGUUUAUAA